AUGCCCUUAACUCGCGUUGCACCCCUGGAUACUCUUCUACGUUUUUUUGGAUUUCCCGUCAAGGGCCGGACUCGUUCCUUUCAGCGCACAUCCUCAACUGCGGCGCAGCAGGCCCUCGCAAGGCCCGAGCGGCUUCACUUCCAUGAUUCCCGUCUAAACAGUUCAGGAACCCGACCAAAAGAAACGUGGCAGCUUUUAUAUCGUCGUCCGCUUCGCCCUCUGGAUGCUAUUUGUCGCUGUGCUCUCCUGUCUCGCCUAUUUUCUUCUGUGACGCCCUCGCGUGGCCCCGCCGGCAGCGGGGCGGGCCCUCGAGCAUCUGUAGGUGAAGUAUCACGUGAUAAACGGCUUAAUGAAGAAGCCAAGCUUCGAGCUUUCGCUCCUUUGGCGUCCUCUGACGGGGCCGGAUCCGAGGCUCCUAGGAGAACUCUGUCAGAUGUCACGGCAUCUCCAAGCGCCGCGGAGCACGAACGUCGCCUGCGUAGGCGCAUUCAAGCAAGCGGUCGAAGGCCAAGCGAGAUACGUCGUCUACAGGAUGUGCUUGUGACACAUUUGCUGUCUGUCGCUGGGAAUCCUUCGUAUAGGUUGUCGAGACAGAGCGUCAUCGUCAGCGGCGUAUCCUUGAUAAACGAGCUGCGGAAGUCAUUCCACUGCAAACGACUCAUCGUCAGCAGGCAUUCGAAGCGCCCUAAACCAGAAGAGUGUGCAGAUGCUGCUGAAAAAAGCGAUCUUCUCAAGGCAGGAGCGUCUGGAGGGCGUUGCCUAGGUCGACUGUCUAGUGAUGAAAAUACUGUGCAGAUAACGGCUAACUGCUCAGCAGAGACCCAUUUUGCGAGCGAUCGGAUUGUUCGCAAACUUUCCGGUCUGCAUUCGUACGACGGUGGCUGUGUUGCGGAAAUGCGGUACCCUCCGCCCGCAGCGACUUUCGGUGAUGUCAAACUGCUGCUGUGUCUCGGCCGUCCUCCUAGCUCUUUUUACGAGAACAGUGUGGCUGGAGGGGCGGCCAAGGGCCCCGAGGAGGAAUGUGGCAACGACCAGCAAUCCGCACUGGGCACAGUCGGCACAAUUCUUCGAUCUGCAGCCGCAUUGCAGUGGCAAGGCGUCUGGCUUUUACCUCAUUGCCCGGACAUUUUCAGCCCUCUCGGCAUUCGAGCUUCGCAGGGGGCUCUGUUCUGGCUGCCAUACCGAAAGGGAACGUGGGACGAGUUUCUCAACUUCGCAGCCGAACAGCAGUUACUCAUCUGUGUACCUCAUCGCUCUGGAAUAGAUGUUCACUCCGGAGAGCUACUGCGUCAAGGUUACAAGGGUAUAUGUCUGUUGAUUGACGACACUGCCUUCCAAGCUGCUGAAUGCGUUGUUCAGCAGCGUAGUAGGAAUGAGAUGAAUGCGGUGGGGGGCCACACUGCCCCAUUAUUAGAGGUCAGCGACCGCCUGGAAGGCUCCGUAGGAGGUGGAAAGAAGAAACUCCCUAUGCUUUCGCGUCACCACCAACUCAUUUCGCUGCCACCGGUUGGACUUCGAGGUAGCGAAAACGAGCGUGCUGAUGGUGUGAAUUUCAUGCACCCUGUUUCGUCAACUACAAUUAUGAUGUAUCAGCUGAAGCAUACGCAUUUUCCUGAUACAGCGUCAUCGGCGUUUCUAUUCUGUAAAAACAGAGGAUCAUAG